ACAAGCUCUCACCACCUCUUUUAGUACUCUCUAUACACUUAAGGGGGCUAUAUUGAGCCUCCUUUAUUAAGCAUUUUGUUUUGUGAGAGGAUCAAAGGCUAAGGGGUUUCUUCUUCUUUCAAGGAGAAAGACCCUCGUUUGAUUUCUUAUUCUUCGUUUUCUACCAUCUAACCAUUUUUGUUCUUGAGAUUUUCAAGAGGAGAAAAUGUUUGGUUUAUCGACAACCAAUCAUUGGGCCAUCACCUUCGGUGUUCUAGGUAACGUCAUCUCAUUCAUGGUAUACCUUGCUCCAGCGCCAACAUUUUGGAGAGUAUACAGAAAGAAAUCAACCGAAGGGUUUCAAUCGAUUCCCUAUAUCGUCGCGCUCUUCAGCGCUAUGCUUUGGAUAUACUAUGCACUUAUCAAGACUGAAUCAGAGUUCUUACUCACCAUUAACGGACUCGGAUGCAUAAUAGAGACCAUAUAUAUCAUCAUAUACCUCAUCUAUGCACCUAAAGAAGCUAAGGUCUCUACCGUGAAAUUACUCCUCUUAUUGAAUGUUGGGAUAUUCGGAUUGAUAGUAUUAGUGAGCCUAGUCUUUGCUAAGGGGGCUGAUCGAGUCACGAGCCUCGGAUGGAUGUGUGUGGGAUUCUCGGUGUUGGUGUUCGUUGCACCGUUGAGCAUCAUUAGGCUUGUCAUAAAAACAAAGAGUGUCGAGUUCAUGCCCUUCUCUCUCUCUCUAUUCCUUACGCUCAGUGCAGUUACAUGGUUUCUCUACGGAUUCCUGUCACACGACAAGUACAUAGCGAUUCCCAAUGUGCUUGGAUUCGCUUUCGGAUUGAUCCAGAUGGUUCUCUACACCGUGUAUAUGGACGCCAAGAAGACAAAACCUGUGGUAGAAGAGCACGAUGUGCCUGAACAUAUCAUAAACAUGGUGAAGAUUGGGGUAGAGGUGUACCCCAUCGAUGCGAACAAAGAGGAAGGAGGAGAUUAUAACAAGGAAUGUGAGUUAACAAACAAUGGCACCAACAAGGAAAACACUACAGGCCCUCAUGAAGAGGCAGAGGUCUAGAGAGAAGGAGAAGAAGAAGAAGAAGGUUGUCUGUCAUCUAUUUUGGUCGUUGGUCAGCUCGUUAAAUUGUAGAGAUGAGAGGAAAAAUUAAGCUCGUACGUGAUGUCAAUCGUGCUCCUUGAUUAAUUAUUCUCAGUUAUGAGAGGGUGAGAGAAAGAAUUGUGGCUGAUUUUAUAGUUAGUUAAUUAUGAAACUAUUAUGAGUGUAAUAGAGAGGAUUGAGGGGCUUAUACGAACAUGACCUUGGUGCUUGUGCAAUUCCUUUGGAUGAAUAAAAAUUGAGAGUUUCCUUUUUUU